AUGAGAGUUCAACCAAAUAAGAUAGCUGAACCCAUUCUGACGGGCUUUGAGCCAACCGCAGCGGAGAUCAUUCAAGAGAACCCUUAUGUUUUUAUUGACACAAACCAUGGUAUAGCAGAUUUGAUUGAGAACUUGGAAGGCUUACCUGCAAGCCCUCCAUCAUUGUAUGUCGACCUAGAGGGAGUCAAAUUGUCACGAUAUGGAACAGUAUCUGUCAUCCAAAUCUAUGUUCUGCCCCUCGACAUGACAUACAUGAUUGAUGUUCUCAAGCUGCAAGAAGAAACGUUCUCGCAUCCGUCCUCUACGGACAGCACCCUAAAAGAUAUCUUCGAAUCACCCUCUAUUCCGAAAGUAUUCUUUGACGUCCGCAGUGACUCUGAUGCACUAUAUAGCCACUUUGGCAUAAACCUUGCGGGUGUGCAGGAUGUUCAGUUGAUGGAACUUGCAACGCGCCGAUUUUCGAAAGAACUUGUUCACGGUCUGCAAAAAUGCAUUGAGCGCGAUUUCUCAAUGUCCUUUUCCGAAAAACAAGCCUGGAAGACCAGGAAGGAAAAUGGCCGUAAACUAUUUGCUCCGGGCCAGGGGGGCAGCUAUGAGAUUUGGAAUAAGCGCCCACUUCCUGCUGAUAUCAUGCAUUAUUGCGUGCAGGACGUGAAGAUCCUACCCCGCCUGUGGCAGAGAUAUAGGCAGAUGUUGUCUUAUCGCUGGUCGCUGCUGGUUGAUGAGGAGGUCGAGAAGAGAAUAAUCGACUCUCAAUCACCAGAUUUCAUCGAAAAGGGGAGAUUAAGGACGCUGGCACCUCAUGGCUGGAAAGACAUUCACUUUCGCUAA